AUGGAAGACAAAGAAAAGAAUAUCGUAAACGUACCAACAAAUCAAAAUAUCGAGCGCCCUGGCUCAGAGAAGGAUGCAAUGGAGGUAGGGGGGGCAAAUCCUGCCUCACCUGGUUCACCCUCGAAAGAGGAGGAACUACUAAAGUCCUCUGAAGGUGAAACCGAGGGGUCACAGGAAUGUGACUCCAUGGAUACAGCCGACAGAGAGACCAGAAAAAAGGAAAAGAGGAGAGAGAAAAGGAAUAAGGCUAGGGCAAAGAGAAGGAGGGAAGUGAGGGAGGCCAGGAAAGGGUUGCAAGGGACAUCAGACCCAGCGCGCCCAUCUGAGGCCCAACACUUCAUGUCGGCACCAGCGGAUAGCGGGCCAGGGACCAGUACCUCGAAAGAGGGGUUCGAAGGAACCAGCAACCGAGGGCCGGCAAAACCUCGAGGCCCUCAGGCAAGGCGGAAGUGGAGGGAGGACAAUAGGGAAGCCAAGAGGCGGUCCUUUGUUCUUCCCACUGCUCCAGCAGCGGUCAGGGAAGGGGGGCCGGGAGGUCCGAAAGGGCAGCCAGGCCCCUCGACCCAGACCAGCCAAAAAAGGUCGAGGGCGGAUAAAACAACACCGCCAGAGAGAUAG